CCCUUCUCCAACACACACACAUACACAUCUGUCACUCCUCACCCCUCGCCCCUCAUCCCUUCACCGUCCCUCUCUUAAUGACGUCGUUCUCGAGGUUGAAAUGCUGCAGCACGGCACGCCACCGGGGCAUCGACUGCGGGUAGCGGUGAGCGAGCGGCUGAGAUAGAUCGCCAACAUGCCGCUCCCCCGUCCACAGAAGGAUGACGCCCCCACUCAUCCACUCUAGACAAGCGGCAAAGUCCUCAUUGGGCCGGAAACCGCUCACAAUCACAUCACGGAACUGGAGUUCGGUGAGUGUCCGGUAGUCCACAGCGAUGCCCUGCUGCUCGCUGAUGCGCUCAGUCUUGAGACGGUGAUGGCGGGGGUCAUUGCCGUUGAUGAGAGCCUGCAGCACAAUCCUGACGCCCACCUCCCUCUCACGCGGCCACCGCGAGUGCAGUCCGUCCAGGAGGAAUGACGAGAAGGAGCGGUAGAGCCAGUUGGCCCGGCGGAUGGCGGGAUCGGUCGUCUUGUAGCCCUCAGUGUAGCGAUAGUGCGCCGACAGCUCAAUCAGCGGCACCACACGGAACGACUCAUUGCCGAUCCGAUAGACACCGUUGUCGGCUUGCUGCAGCGCCAGGCUGGUGCUCUGUACCUGGUAGGUGAGCAUGUGGCCGAACAGCCGAUAGAUCGCCAUCGCCAAUGGCAGCUGAUGGAAGGAGGUCUUUCUGGGGAGGUUGGCCAUCAGCCACUGCACCGGCAGCACCAGCGGCAGUCCAGUGGCCGGCGGCAGCCGAUAGAUGGCGGCGAGGCGGAUGAAGACCACACCGACCCGACGCCACUCGUCGCCACUGCCCUGCUCCAGCACAUAGGCCACACGCAGCACAUAGGUCAAUGAGAGGGGGGCGGUGCGGUCGAUGUCGAUGAGGCCGGUGAGUGAGUGGCGGGCGAGGGAGCCGUCGAUGCGCUCCACCAGCACACCAGCCGUCACCAACACCGCUUUUGCCCGGCAGGUGGCUCGCACACAGACGAGCUCAUGGGCGAGGAGGGAGGGGAGAAUGCGCCUGCGCCACACCUCAUCGGGCACCGAAUCAGACAUUGCCACCAACCACUCAAUCAGCACAUGGCCACCGCCUGCCACACAGCACAAAGACACUGUCGACGAUGGAGAGGGCGACCAACACACGCGCACGCCACGUGCCGUGGAAGAGCGGACCAACACACAUACAACACACACAUCCACUGACCUGUGCACGACCAGCGUGGCUGUGGGACGCCGACUGACCUGGUUGGGCAGCUGAGAGGCGUCCAUGCGGGCCGCCGCGUACACCUAAAUGCCCACAGCACAGCAGAGCGUAAAAGGUGAUGGUGCCGUGUGUGGGUGGUGCUGCCUCCCAUCCAUCGCCGCACCUGCACGAGCAUUUGGUGGAGGAACUCGAAAGUAUCUACGGGAGCCUGAAGGACCAGAAGAGACAGAGACGGACACUGGAUGGCAUCGACGAGUGGCUCCUGUGCUCUGCGUCUUACCUGUGCCCCGGGGGUGUCCUGGUGGGACGCCGCCGAUGAUGGCGCUGGCGACCGGGGCAGCACAGGAGGCGGCAGGGAUGACGAGCGGCCUCUGCAGACGGCGGGCAUGCCCACGGAAACCUGAUGGACCGGACAGAAAGAUAUGGACACUGCAUGGCGCCAGCAAGUGGUUGCUUGCGCGCGCCUUACCUGUACGUCAUCGUCAGGGUUGUGGUGGCCAGAUGGUGAUGUGUCAUCAUGCGGCGACGGGGACACCACUCGAGGCGACACGAAGGACAACCGGCCUCUGCUGUGGCUGCCGCCCUGGUCGAGAGCUCGCGGUGCGAUGAUCGUGUUGUGGUGGUUGUCCUCUGUCAUCUCCGCCGGCCCCUCCUCGACCUCGCGAGGCGGCACUGAGGUCAUCUUGGCGGUGAAGAAGGAGCAUGACGUCGUCCACUCGCACAGCGGCUCACUCGUCAGACCGCCGACACCCUGACAGACAGACAGACAGACAGACAGACACACAGACGGACACAAGGGAGGGAGAGCAGUGAAUCCCGGGAGCCAUGUCUGUCAGUGCAUUCACACACUGACCUGCUGCAGCUGCUGCAGGCCUUCGCUCUCUCCUCCUUGUCCAAGGUCCCCCGACGCACCACCUGCACACACACAGAGAGCUCUUGGUGCAUCUGAUGAAUCGCCGUGUCAUCCCUGUGUCGCCUCAUACCCCAACCACCAGCAGCAGACACAGCACUAGCAGUAGCGGCAAGGGAAGAGGGCACCGAGGAGCCAUCCGCCCUCACAGCAGCAUGGGCCUGCAGACACACACAUGUGCAUCAGAUUGCCCGCCGCUGACGUCGUCUCUCCUCCCAAGGGAAUACCGAGUGAGGUGCGUCAGGUGCGUCACUUUCCUCUCCUUCUACACCAGUCGCCUCGCCAGCACCGACCUGAGGGCACACCACACCACACGAAGCCAUGCAAGUGCACCCACAUCCCGCACAUAUGUCGACGUGCGCACCUGUGAGCUGUCGAUGAUUCGCCUCAUGUCGUCGACUUGCGACUCGAUGCGCAUCAGCCCCUCAGACAGCCGACCAGAAAGGGCGUCUCGGGUCGCCGACAGAUCGACGCACUGACACAUAAGAAGCCAAUACAUGAGGCACUUGCUCACGGAAGCGACCGGGCGCAUACCUGUGUCUGCAGUGUGUCGGCGAGGUCACGCAUGAGAUCCAGCCCCGCCCGCAUGCGAUGGAGUAAGUCACUAUCACUGACGGCCUGCACGACAUGAGCGCCACACACACACACACACACACAAAUGCGUUGGUGCGACAAGAUGAGCCCGGUGCUGAGUGCUCACCUGAUGGUUCGCGGCAUGAGUGGCACUGCCGGGCAGACGAGUCGCAGACGACCCACUGCCAGCACCACCACAAUCACGUUCACCUGCCACACAGACGGACAAGACAGCAUGGCUGAUGAAUGCCCGCCUGCUUCCCUCCGCUUGUGUGAGUGCAUUUCACCUGCCGCUUCCAUCGUUAGGCCCCGUUGUCCUGUCCUACUCUCCGCCGAUGCUAAUCGCUUCCAUGGUCACACGAGCAGCGAUGCGACGGAAUUCAGUCGCUCCUUUGCAGCUCGUGUAUCCUUACACCUGUCGUCCCCGACUCGCCUGCCGCUGAGCCGAAGGCUCGUCAGAACCCUUCAGCGCGAGCUGAGAAAUGCGAGCUUAGAAGAAGUGAGAAGGGAUUGAGUUGGAGUAUCAGCAGUAGCUCGGGGUAGUGAGUAGGAAUGUGACGAAGCCGA